UUGCCAGGGAAAAUCCAAUCAAUUAUCGCCCAAGGGGGCAAAAUUCGUACGGAAAGUUAAGGGCCCAGGGAAAUGGGAAACAAGCUGCCCCGCCAACCACAAAGAGUUGAACCCGACGAGGAGGUGAGACCCGAACGCCCCCACAAGAAGCCAGCCACGUCCUGGCCCUUCUGGCGCCUCGUCUACUGGCUGGGCGUCCUCAUCCUGGUCGCCGGCAUCGGUGUGGGCAUGUACUUCACCCUGAAGUCCGACUUCGGGGAGUGCUCCUCCUACGACGUCCGUUGCGAUUGAGUGCUCCCGGCGAUACAGAAACUUCCACGGCAUCGCCGGAAUUCAUUAGCCAUUGAACUCCAACUAAUUUGCAGCAGCUUUGCCUGCAAAACCAAUUGUUUCGCAUUUAGCGGGAAUUUUAUAUAAAACUAACUACAGAUUUGCUUUCUCAACGUAACAUCAGUCUAGAACGACAUCAUCAUACUUUCAUCACACUUUUAUUGGGUAUCAUUGCAGUCUACAUCGUUAUAUACUUUACUGCAUUGGCGAAGAUAAUCAAUACUGGAUUCACAUAUAAAGUUAUUCCUUUCGUUGGGGACUCCCGUUUGAAUUGUGAUAUGAUAAGCUUGGUUAUUUCGCAAUCAGUUGGCGUGCAGUCCAAUGCAUGUCAUACAUGGACUCCCGCAGCCGGAUCUUAAUUAAAGCCGAAUAAAACACCACCCCACGAGACCACCUCCUUUAUUGUUAACAAUUACAAAAGCAAGGCCGAAGCCGCGCAAUCUCCAGCACCACAUGCAGAUACAUUUGUGCACGUAGAUGUAUCUGUAGGAUGCAUCUGUGGUGUUUGUGCUAUUCAAACUUAUUGGAGCGCUUCCUUUUGAUGGCGUUCUGGUUGACUCUUCAAUGGCGAAACACUUUUUAGUUGAAUGAAGCUAGUGAAUGCACACAUAUAUUUUGGGCUGCAUACUCGUAUAAAAAAUGCAACGAUGAUGAUUCUCCGCCCCUAUUUAUUUUGGUGUUAAUUAACGAAGUGGAGAAUGGCAUUCAUUGAUAGAAAUGCGCAACGAUUUUUAUUCUACAUACAAAGUGACUGCUUUGGCAGUAAUUAAAAUAUCAAUUUGAAUUGCAACUUUGUAAUUUUAAUACAUCAAUUA